AUGGCCUCAAGUUCACUUUUGAGCUAUGAAAAUCUUAUAGCCGAUUACGCGCGACAGCUUGACGAGCUAUCUCACAUUGAUGAAAACCGAUCUCCGGACGAUGACUACGAUGAAGAAUUCAAGUCCAAAUUCCAAAGUAUCCUAGUCGGUCUAGCCGGGGUGGUAAGAGCCGCUGAGACGGACGCGGACUCAAACCCCAACUCGAAGUUGGCUUCGGAACUCCCAGGAUUGAUUGCAAAAGUAGAUGAUGUGAUGAAUAAAGGUAUAUCUUUUGCAUAUGAAGGCGACGAUGAAAGUAGAAUGUACCUCGAUGGAUGGAUGCCUUCCUUUGCGCAUUGUAACGAUGGUCCAAACGCAACGCCAUUGUUGGAGAUCAAGAAAGCAAAUGACACUGGCCUUCACCUGCCGCCAGACAUGUUGGAGUCAUUGAGCUUCUUAAUGAUGAAAUUCGUCAAGGGCCAAAAUCGACGAAGAGGGGAUGACUCACCUGACAUUGACUCUUUCAAAAGCCAAUUCAAGCCCCCCGAGGGAUGGGAAACGACGCCGCAUCCCUCAGUGCUUUCCUCUCCCUGUGCAAGAUUCCAAUCCGACUUCAUUUUGUCUGAGUGUAGUGGCACUCCGGAACACGAGAACGUGGCAGCUCUCGUCAAAGCCCAAUGCGAAGUCUCGUGCGAUGAUAUCAAUGAUCCUGUCAAAUUGUGCAUUUCGAGCGGAGGAGAUUUACUCGCGUUGUCUGCUAUGGGGGGUUAUAAGAACCGCACCCCGUUUCUGCACUGUUAUUACCCGAAGGACGCAGCACCUCGUGCGACUGGCAGUAGUACGCGUUGGGAGGACAACUUAGGAUCUAUGCGCUCUAAAGAUCGUAAACUCGGUCUUUCAGGUGUUGUAGCAGACCUUGCACUCGAUGAGAGCCGACAGUUGAUCUUCGCUGCGGAUCAGAUGAGAAUCAAAUCUUACCGAUAUGACAAAACACAGAAGGUUGAAAAGAAAACCAGGAAUGGGGCCAGGGACGCUGGCUUCAGAGCGGUACACACAUUUGACUGCAGUGGUUCGUUCGAAGGACCGCUAUCUGUGUUUUCAGACCGUGGACGCGUUCUCAGAGCCGGUCAACACGGUACUGUCGCCAUCUGGGACAUAGACGCUCAACCUACGCAUGGACGAUCCGGGUCCGAAAUCGUCGGGGAAAAAUAUGAUUAUGAAGACAUGGAUUCUUGGAGGGAUGACCCCGAAGAAAUCGAGCUUUCAGGAGGGAGUGAACAUUCGCAGACAGUCAACCUCGACACGUGCGAUGGCGAAGGCGCGCGUGCUGUACAUUGGUCGGUCGAGUAUUGGCAUCGUCAUCCAUCCAGUACAAAUGUCAUGCUGUGCGGAUCAGAUGUAGGGACCUCCGAAGUAUACCAUUGCCACGCAUUCGACAUUGAAGCCGGUGGUAAAGCAGUGGCGAGGUACCUAGGACACGCAGGCCUCGUGAGGGGAUUUUCCACAAGUCCGGCAGCUGACCCAAAUGUAUUCCUGACCAGUUGCGAUGACGGACAUUCGCGUUUGUACGACACAAGGCGGUCCCUCCCUGUGCUGACGAUCGCAGCAGAGGACGCUUCUGAAGCUCCAAUGAACUCUGCGCUUCUUGUGUAUCCAGAUGGUCUUCCCUUCAUCUUUGUUGGAGAGGCAAAAUAUCAGAAGAUUGUACUAUGGGAUGUGCGUGCGCAGAAAGCUCUGUACGAACUGGCGACGGGCAAUAACAACGUACGAACCAUGGCUUGGGAUAACAGCUCCAACACUCUGUACGCGGCGACGGAGUGCACAUACGUUGACCGGAUUGGCUAUCACCAUGACUAUCGACGGGCAAAGAUCCCAAGAGAAAAAUAUCCAUCUGAGGAGAACCAAUCGGAUAUGGAUAUUGACGACGACGAAAUAGCGGACAACGAACCAGAUUCAGAAGAUGAUUGGGAUGAUGAAAGGUGUUGGCCAAGGAAUGCGUAUCACCGUGAGAAUUACUGGGGCCAUGUUUGGGAUGCGGGAGAUCAUCGUCUGUAUAAAUACGAGUUUAAGAAGGAACCAAAUCUCGAGAUUGUGCCCGAGUAUGGGAGAGCGACAGUCGACUCUGAUAAUUAUUAUUGGUGA